AGGAAAGAAUUUUUCAUGCAUGCAUGGAUGUAAUGUAAGUAAUUAGAUAUUAUAAGUUUUUUUUAAAAAGGUGUUUGGAAAUCCCGAGACAUUGACAAAGAAGAAGAAGAAAAAAAGAGAGAAAAGAUUGAGAGAUCUCUCCCACAAGUUGAAGUCAAAGAAUGAUGGAGACAACUCUGUUUAGUCAUUCUUAUUCUCUUUUGCCUUCUCUCCUUUUUAGGAAAAAUCCUUUAAAUUUAUCCCUUCUUCUCUCUUUCAACCCCCUUUUCUUAUUAUUAUUAUUAAUUUUUAUUUAACAUUUACUGGAAAAAUGGGACUGUACUUAAAUAUUUUCAACCAGAUCUUCUUCUUCUUCUUCCCCCUCUCUUCCAUGUUUUCUUAUUAUACUAUUCAUCGAUCACAGUGAACCAAAAAAAAAAUACUUUUCUCUCUCUCUCUCUCUCUCUCUAAAAACCCAUCUUCCUUUUUGCUUCUCUUUUCUUCUUCACGAGAUCCAACUUCUCAAAACCCACUUGUAAAAGGAGGAGGAAUUGGAAGAUGGCUUCGAGUUCCUCGAAUUCGCCCUGUGCAGCCUGCAAAUUUCUCCGGCGAAAAUGCCAGCCGGAAUGUGUUUUUGCGCCGUAUUUUCCACCGGAUCAGCCUCAGAAAUUCGCAAAUGUUCACAAGGUAUUCGGAGCUAGUAAUGUAACAAAACUUCUCAACGAAUUACAUCCUCACCAGAGAGAAGACGCUGUCAAUUCCCUCGCUUACGAAGCCGAUAUGCGCCUUCGUGACCCUGUCUACGGCUGUGUUGGCGUAAUUUCUCUGCUUCAACACCAACUCUGUAAACUCCAAAUGGAUCUCACUUGCGCAAAAUCUGAACUCUCCAAAUAUCAAAACUUAGGGAUUGGUAACCACGCUACCCUGAUUUCGCCGCCUUCCACCCUUUCUACCGUCCCUCAUGGACAGAGAAACCACCAGCCGGCGUUCAAUUUCGCUCGAGAUCAACCGCAUAGUCUUUAUCACGACCAAUUUUUCCCUCGAGAUCAACAACAACCACAGAUGAUGCUACGACGGAACUUCGACGGCGGUAGCAACUACGACGGACUUUUGGCCGUUAAUGUCACCGCAAGUAUCGGUAACCUCAGCCACCAGUUCCAGCAAACUCGCGCCGCCGCCGGAGACGAUCGUCGCGGUACUCUCGAUCAUUCUUAGGGUUUCGUUUUGUUUCUCUUUUUCUCUUUUUUUCUUUUUUUUCUUUUUUAAUGAAAAAUCAUAAACUGUUGGAGAGAAAUCAUAUAUAGUUAAUUUUCCUGC